AUGGCUAGAUCGCCCAUCAUGAAGACCGUGACGAAACGACUUCGAGAGCUGGCCAUAGUCCUCUGGGUUGACACCGAGACCAACGAUCUAUGGAAACAGAUAAUCAAGUGCUCCAUCGCUAGUAUCGGUUCGGUCGUCGCCGUCAUGACUCCUCAAGCCGCGGCAGUCCUAGGUCCUUCGACCUUUCUUGCGCCAAUGGCUACUGUCUUUGCUCAUCCAGGUCAAAGGUUGGGCCCCAUGAUCGAGACCCUUCUCAUGAUGCUGCUGGGCACCUUAUUCGGACUUGCGUGGUCCAUAGUUGCACUCAGGCUAUCUAUGUUGGCUACUGCUCAAACAACACACGAAACAGCCCAUAAUGCUAUCUGCGCAGUAUUCUUCACCAUGGCUGCUUUCUUUCAUGGCUACGUAAGAUCGGCUAGUCCCCGCAUGUUCUUAUUUGUCACCUUUUUUCUCAUUGCCAAUAUCAUUACUCUGCUCGGGGGCUACACCUCGGUGUCUUCAGAGGUUAUUACACACACCUACUACCCUAUGAUGGUUGGCGGUGGUAUCUCAAUCGUGGUCAACCUAUCAAUCUUUCCCGAGCUGUCGAGCAGUUACCUCGGUGUGUCUGCCAUUGAUGCUCUUAUCGAAACGAUGGAUACCGUGACACGGGCUACGCAUUGGUUCAUCACACCUGGUGCUGAUUCCGAAGAAGAUUCCACUAUCACUGCCCUUACAAUGACAAACACAGUAAAGAGUGUCCCCGAGAAACCAAAGCGCAAGAAGGGUCGUUUCCGCAAGUGGUUGAGUCAGUUUCCGAAUCCCUUCAAACAAUCUCAACAUCGAUAUCAUAUGUCCACCACUCCAGUUGGCCUUACGACGAUCAAGAGUCUGAUAGGCAACAAGGGGAGUCUUCGUGCACGUCACACUCAUUGCAAAGCUGCUCAGAAGGAAGUUAACUACGAGAUCUCUGUGUCAGCCCUUCCUCUAAGCAGCAUGAAGCCUCUGACAACUUCCUAUAUGAGCAGCCUCGUCCAAAACACAGUCAACAUCAUCGCUGCAUGUGAGAACAAAUUCAUCGUAUUGCAGAAUAAUGAUGGCACCGAUGACGAAAGCGACAGCGAUAUGUCAGGGCCCAGUGGGAUCAAACGCAUGAGCACCUUUGAUGACUACCUUCAGAGGGUUGAAGAAAGCAAACCUCUGAGGGAGAUCGAAGCUAGUAGCGCAAGUCUUCUCGAGUCCAUCAUUGAGCGUAUCCGAGAGCCUGUUCAGGUGUUCGAGGGUUCGCUGAAAGAGGCCGUACGCCUGGUCAUCAUAUGUGUCGCUUAUUGCUAUGAUGUACGAAGAUUGCCUUCAGGAGCACCAACCCCAAGAGGAAUCCAUCUCCAAGAAUUGGACCUUAGAAUCGACCUUUUCGCGGAAGCAAUCGCUAAUUUCGAUGCCAGCUGCUCCAUGGAGCUUCGCCGUUCAGGUAUGGAUAAGAGUGGAUAUAGUACGGACUUUAUGCCCCGAAUGGAAACGUUCUUGAUAUCUUCGUUCGUACUUAGUUUGCGUCAGGCAGCUAAGUAUGUUUUGGAGAUGCUUCGCCAUGUUCGACAGACAGUCGAACAGAGGCAAGCUCGAAACGACAGAGCCACAAUCUGGUUCCCCAAACAUGUCGAUAUCAGGCAGUGGUUGAUUAGUGGUGGUGAGAGCGACGGUUUUGUUCUGCCAGAAGCGGCUCGCAAAGAAGUUCGUCGGGGAAAGAGUACAACAGGACACAAGUCCAAAAUUAAAACAAAGCAAAGCAAUAAGGAUACGAAAACACAGCCGCCUAAGGGAAAGGAUGAAGAAAAAGGCAUUCGAUUUGCAGAGCCGGUUCUUCAAACGAGAGAGGAUCGCAACACUGAACAACCACAAGAAAAGGGGCAAUCUCAGCCUCAGAAACGCAGUAAGAUCCUCAAGAUUAGGGGGAUGGCAGCCGAUGCCUUGGAAUGGACCCAGGACUCAGAACACAUAAAAUAUGCGUUUAAACUCACAAUCGCCAUCCUCUUACUUAGCUGGCCGGCUUUCGUGGAGUCUCAGGCUGGAUGGUACAGUUCCUAUCGUGGCAUAUGGGCACCGAUGCAGCUGUUUCUCGUCUUUGAAGUGGCCAUAGGAACAUCCUUCCACGUGUUUUUCAUUCGUCUUUGCGGUGUCGUAGCAGGCAGUGCUUUUGGCUUUGCAUCUGCCCUAGUCGGGAGCAAAAGUCUGAUCGCCAUGGUUUUCUUUCUGAUUAUUGGUAUCAUGCCGUCGUUCUAUGUCCAGCUUGGCACUAGAUAUGUCAAGGCCGGCAUGAUCUCUACGGUUACAAUGGUCGUGGUUGCACUCUGUAAGUUGCUUGCUAUCAUUUCGGAUAUCCUUGAUAUACUAACAGUACUAGCUGCUGUUAACGGCGACGAGCCCGCUUAUCAUUAUUUCUAUAAGCGCUUGUGUGCCUUUAUCGUGGGGGGAACCACUGCGCUGCUGAUUGAACUUAUUUUAUACCCAGUCAGAGCUAGAGAUCGACUAGUUGAGUCUGUCGCAGCGUCGGUCAAACAGGUUCAAAAUAUGCAAGCCGCGAUGGCUGUUGGCCUGGACGAGCCCAUCAAGCCAGAUUUCCGGAAUUCUGACCUCAACAAGCGCUUCCGUCGUGCCACAAACAAAGCACGAGGAGCUCUGGCUGCGGCCGAGACUUUUCUUCCAUUCUCCGUUACUGAACCGCGCCUUAAGGGGGAUUUUAAACCACUCGUGCCUGUCUACAAAGAGAUCUUCUACGUGUUGCAUCAAAUUAUCGAUAGGAUGGAAAACGUUGUGAUGCUGCGGAGAGAGUAUGGUUCGUCCAUUUUGGAAGACUUGAAUCCUCAAGUCCACGCCUAUCGACGGAAUGUGGCUGCCAGUAUCAUGCUGACACUUUUCACGGUGUACGAGGCGUUCAUUACCUGGACGCCUCUGCCGCAGUUCAUCCCGUCAAGUCGUCUGGCGCAAUUGCGCCUGGUCAACCAUGUGCGCGAGAUUCUUGCGUCCAAAAGUGGCACUCAGACACCGGCUGGGGAGCCAUCGAGUGUCUUUGACGAGAAUGGGGAGCUUGCUGCGCAGGUCGCAUACCUCAUCACCCAAAAACGAUUUCUCUCUUGGAACGCGAGCACUUCUGGACAGAUGGAGAUCAUCGAAUAUCUCGAAGAGCUUGUGCAGCUUGUUAAAAUUCUGGUUGGAGUUAAUGACUUCCGCAGCGGUCUACUAAAGACUCCUACUCUUAGUAACUAUCGGGAGCGCAAGCACUUGACGCGGAUGCCUCUGUCUCGCAUGCCGACUGCUGAUAGCCGCAUGACUGGUGUUCCGGCAGAGGAGGUCCCAACAGUCGAGAGUAGAGCCAGUGGACUGCAGCGAACGCAAACAAUCCGUGCAAGCCAUACGAGAAGACGGAAUCAUAGGAGAGAUGGUAAUGAGAAGGAGGCUGGUAGUGACGGUGAGGAGGAAUUACCCAUGAGUUUACAAAGAGUCGGCACGCGACUCUGUGAGGAUGCUGCAGCUGCUCGACGACGCAAGAUGUCUGUGUCUCGAGCGUAG